AUGGCCGUGUCCAUAAUGCUGCUUGUCCAUAAUGCUCCACGUGUUAUUUUGAUUUUUCUACUUCUUCAUGUAGGUGAUUGUCUUCUGGUGGAGCCAAUCAUCUGUGACACAAGUUGUCUCGGCUCUCAGAGCACUGACUUCUCCGCUCAGAAAGGUGUGAGAUACACCUACAGGUACAGCGCGGCCAUCAGCACCACCCUCCAUGGCUCGGGUGGAGGCCGGAGCGGCCUCGCCCUGGACUGCGUGGUGGACAUCGAGGUGGUCUCCGACUGCCACCUAACCAUGCAGAUAAGAAAUUCCCAGAUAAAGCGUAUGUCCCCUCAGAGGGAACACUCUGUCCUGCAUCUAAAAACUUUGAGGGAGUCACUGGAGAGAACGCGCCUCAAGUUCUCCCUCCAGGGGGGAAAGGUCACAGCCCUCUGCCUCCAGGAGGGGGAGCAGGUGUGGGUUCUCAACAUUAAACGGGCUCUACUGAGCAUGCUCCAGACCUCCCCCAUGGUCGCCAAAUUCAGAGAAGAGACAGAGACUGAUGUUCAUGGAACAUGCACCAGCAGAUACGAGAGGCGAGGACCAACACUGCUGAAGAGCAGAGAUCUGAGGCAGUGCCAGCAGUCCAGGCUGGACCACCUGUGGCCUCAUUCAGUGACUCUGACAGAAGACACGAUGGUGCGGAUGGAGCUACACUGUGUCCAGCGGCCUGGCCAGUCGAUGGUGGAAGAAGUAAACUGUACUGAGGUUGUAUCGUUGGCAGCUUCCUUGACGCCGUUGGGGCCUGUAAAGACAAAGAGUGUGUCCACGUUGCUCCUGCUCACAACCCAGCCGGGAGCGUCCACCGGAGCAGAGUCCCUGAGUCCUGGUGUGUUCACUGACCUGCAGUUUGAGGAUGAAGGCCCUUCGAGGCCGACAAGUCUCCAGGACGUUGGUCGGACCGUCGCGUUGCUAUGCAGCGUUUCCUCGGAUCCACAGCUGAUUUCCCAGGACUUCCUGGAGCUGGUGUUCCAGCUCAAAGACAUGACUCUUCUUCAACUCAAAACACUUUGGCAAGAAUCUUCUUUCAAGUGCAGAAAUGACUGGCAACCACUACUGGAGGCGUUACCAGCAUGUGGAUCUGAAAACUGCAUUCUGCUGCUGACUGAGCUGGUGCAGAAUAAUGAAAUGGAGGAAGGGCAGGUUAACUCUUUUCUGACCACCUUAGCCCUCAUUCCUCACCCAUCACCUCAGAUCAUUGGCUCCAUCAACGGUUUUUUGGCACGUCAAGAGCUACGGGCCAAAGCGAUGCUGGCUGGAUCAUCUCUCAUCUAUCAGAUGUGCCAAAGGUUUCAGGCUUCCUGCAGUGAAACACCUCAGGUUGAGUUUUUCAUGCAGACAAUUCAGGAAACCCUGAAUGCAGGGUGUGGGGAAAAGGAACCUCAUCAAAUCAGAGAGCUUAUUUAUGCAUUGAAGUCCAUUGGAAACAGUGGUGUGAAUUCAGCGUCCUUUAUUCCUCUGUUGAGUCACUGCUUGCUGGGCCACCAAACUGAGCUGGAGCUCAAAGUCGCAGCAGUCAAAGCUUUCAGACGCUUUCCAUGCUCAGCUGACCGGUCGGUGCUGUUGCAGCUGUACAGAUGUUCCCGGGAGGAUCCUGAGGUCAGGAUCGCUGCAUACCAGCAGCUCAUGCUCUGUCCCGACCAGGAAGUGUUUGAAGUGGUGAAGACAACACUGAAGAACGAGACCUCCAGCCAAGUGGGGUCCUUUGUGUGGAGUCAUCUCACUAAUAUCCUGCGCAGUGAGGACCCCGUGAAGCAGACGCUAAUUCAGCUUCUGCCUGAUGACAUUAUAAGCAGAGAUUUUGAGGCAGAGUUCUGGAAAUAUUCCUCCUAUUCAGAUCAUACUUUUGUUUCAGGUUUUGGGAUAAAGAAUCUAGAAACGUCCCUGAUUUUCUCCCCGAAGUCCUUUCUGCCCAGAUCGAUCUCGGCCAACCUGACGAUGUAUCUGCAUGGCAGAGCGCACAACCUUCUGGAGGUGGAUGUACAUAUGGAGAACUUUGAGCCUCUUCUGAGGAGCGCUUUUGAUCAGAAGGCGGAGGGCGAGCCAACUGCUAAAAGUGAAAAACAUGAGACCAGAAGGCGGAGAAGAGCAGACGACGGAAACAGAAGAGAGAAAGAGACGUGUUUGUCCGACACCGACGGUUAUCUGAGCCAGGCCAGGGCUGUGUUGUUUGGAAGAAGGAAAGCAGACGAGGAAAGGCCGAGGUGUCGGGUUUCUGUGAAGAUCUUUGGGAACGAGCUCAGUGUGUUCACAUGUGACGACGUCCGUGACCAAAUCCAUCAGGGCUCCCUCAGCCUGGCUGGGCUGGCUGUGAAACUGCUCAAGGGUCAUGAGGUUCAUCUGAGCCACAGGGGUGUGCUGAUGGCUGAGGAGCUGCGAUUGCCCUCCCUGUCUGGCGUCCCCAUCAACCUGGGCGUCAAUAUGACCUCUCUCCUUUCGCUGCACCUGAAAGGCAGCGUUAACUACAGGGACACUUCGCACUUCUCCCUGAACGGAUACGUCCGUCCCAAUGCUUAUGUGGGCUUGUCAGCCAGGAUGGGGGUGGACGGUGCUCCGGGUCAGGCCGCGGUUGAAUGGCUCGCCGAGCUCAGGAGCUCCCCCAGCCUGGAUGGGAGCUUCCAACUGCAAGAGGGCCGGGAAGUCCGAGUCACCCUGAACACCCCACAGGACUUCAUGGAUGUUAUCUCUCUCAGCUCCAGAGUGUUUCAGCUCAGCGGAGACCACAGAGAGGAGAUGAAGGGACCAAAGAGUCGGAUCCAGAAGACCACCUGCACGGCAAAAAGCUGGUCUAAAAUGAUUGGCUGGCAGCUGUGCUCCAACGUGUCAUACCCUUCACUUCCCUCUGGUGUCGCUCUGCCCCCCACUGGACCGACCCAUCUGUCGCUCCGGCUGCUGAAGCUGGACAGAGGCCUCCACUAUUAUCUGCUGGAGGCUGCUUACUCAUUACAUUACAAGAGGGGGACCUGGCUACCCAGAGAGGCCUCCAUCCACCUCCUCCUUGCCACGCCCCAGUCCUCCAUUCCCAGGGACAUGUCUCUGGACCUGGCCUUCAGCUCCCACAGACUGCUGCUGAGAAUCAAACACCCACUGAAAACCAUCGUCUUACAGGGACAGUUUGAUCAAGAGAGGAAUAUAAAAUCUGGGAAGCUAGAGCUUGUAAUUGACAGUGUCCAUUUUUAUAUCAUGGGUUUGGUGGACACCACCAGCCUUCAGUAUGAGCAGAGAACGCGCUACCACCUGGAAGCUAAGAUGGCCGCCGAUCAACGGCCUGUGAUUCUGUCUGCUAAUGUCACCCGCGGAUUGGGCAGGAAGAGCAGCCUCUCCGCUACUCUGAAGAACGUGUUCAGAGAGACGGCUUCGCUCUCAGUGGCUCUGGAGCGGCGGCAGGACAUUAGCACCAGCAGCAGCCAGUACUCUGUGGAAGCUGAGCUUUUCUUACCUGGACUGGUGGGCAGCAGGAUGCUAGGACUGAUGGAACAGAAGGGGGCGCUGUGGAGCUCUGUCCUUAGGGUCAAAUAUGGGCUGAGAGGGGACUCCAGGAACCUGCAUCAGGAGUGCUACACAUCCCAGAGACUGAGGAGAGGGAGGGACUCCAACCUCACGUACAUCAUGAGAGCUGAUCAUGAAUUCUACUGCACCAACAUGGAACCUAUCAACCACAAGAUCCACAUGAAGCAUGAGGAAAGUCCCAGCCACAUCAAAUCCGUCCUGGACCUGAGCUACGGCAAACACUGGGAUGAGAUUAAUAACAAACACACGCUGCUCCUCAGUCAGUCCUUCAGAAACCAGUCCACACAAAACCACACCAGUUACACUUUGGAGUUCAACCUCCAGGUGCCUGAGAAGAACUUGAACUACAGGACUCAGCUGAUGCACUCUCGCCUGCUGCAGCACGGCUCUGAGAGCAGCACUCACCUAAAAAUCAACUACAACAACAUGAUGCCUCUGGUGGCGGGGUUACACUGGAAGAGCCCCCCCGAAAACUCCCUUCAUAAAAAAUGGGAAGGCACGUUCAACAUGGACACACCUGGACAGUACAUCUAUGCCGCCUACAGGCUGAGCCGGCCAAAUCGCCACGCCCUGCAGCUCACCUCGGAGCUGACGGCCAGCAAGUGGCUGAGCAUCCGCAACCUGGUCCUGGACGGGUUCUACAGGGGUCGGGGUAGAGAGAAGGCAGCGCGCCUUGAGGUCCACACACCAGCUGCUACCUACGUCCGGAAAUGUACCAGGAGUGUUGCCUUGAAUCUUUCAUGCAUGUUUGAGAAGACCUGUAGUCUCCCAUGGCAACCAUUCAGCUAUGCGGGGGUUUGGGGUGCGGUGGGGAGGCAGGCGGUGAAGGCCCACGGCUCCUUAGCUUCACUCUGGACUCCUCCUUUGAAGGCGAACGUCUCUCUGGAGAGCUCUAUAUCCAGCCACACUCUGCUGAUGAGCGCCACAUGCGGCAGGCAAAAUGUCAGCUUCACUGCUGCUGUGAGCGGUGCUGAUAAGAAUUUGAAGAAGAGGCAGGCGAUAUUAAAGAUGGCCUUCACCAAGCCGAAGAGUCCGACCGUGGAAGUGGAGUUAGAGGGAUGGGUGGAGGAGAUGAGGAGGGACAGCAAGAUGUAUCAGAAAGCAGCCCAGCUCCAGUUUAGGCAGCCCUUCCAGAACUUUCCUCAGACUCUUCUUCUGCGAGAAACCUUCACUGUGGACCUCGUUAACGGUCUCUACGUUUUGGAGUCUAAAGCCGGUUUCCACAACAACAAGGAGGUCGUCCACACAUUGACUCUCGGCUACAAACCACCAAGCCCAUUUGUUUGUUCUGCACUCAUCCACACGUUCAGCUCUGACACUUUUCCAUCAGACUCUGAGGUCUGUGUGACUGCCACCAGCAAUCAGACACACAGAGAUCUACGAGGGACACUGCAGGUUAACGGGGAGGACAAACUCUGUCUCUUUGGGCAGAUUCAACAGAGCCCCUCCAAUUCAAACCAACAGACAAUAAUAAUUAAAGCAAACUUCACCCAUGAACUACAGCUGCAGCUGCCCUCCUCUGCUCUGAUGGAGGGAUACUUACACUGGAUCCCUAAACACAGCCCUGACUUUGACUACCAGGCCAGAGGAAAGCUGAGACUAGAGAGACAGGAGUGCACACUUUCAGUGCAGCUGAACGGAACAGCAGGAAGAGUCAGCCUCCGCUCCUCUCUCACUCAUCCCUUCAAGUCGAAGAUUCCCGAAGCGCUGGAGGUGAAAGCUGCUGUAGACGCCUCAGAGACUGGCAAAAGGAGCAGUUCAUUGUGUGUGAGAGCGAAUGGGAAGAGCAGGGUGACUGUGACUGGCCAGAUGUUCCACCGGCUCCAGAAUCCAGAUAGAGCGUUGAGACUGGACCUGGAUCUGUCCCAGAACCUCCUUCCGUCAGUCAGCGCCCUGCAGCUGAACAUGGCAGCCAACGUGUCAGCAGACAGCGUGGCUCUGCAUGGCUCUGUCACACAGGGACGGGAGGCGCUGCUGGUCCAGGUCAAAGGGUCAUGGAUAAACUCCCAGGUUCUCCGGCUGGCUUUGUUGGGGAAUGUUCACCACUCCCUGUCCGUAUUGGAGGCUCUGCCUUCAGUCCUGGGUCUGGAUGGAGUGUUAGAGCACUCUGAUAUUUUAACAGAAGGUUACCUGGGGGUUAACGUGAUGGAAGCUGUACACCGCAUAGAACUGAGACAUCAGCUUGAUGCUGCGGAAGAUCUGGUCACAGGAGAAGGAACGAUGGGAGGUGAUUAUCAGCGGACACAGGCCCGGCUCUGUGUUCGGUCCAGACUCCAGAACCUGUGUGCUAACGUUAGCCGCCACCUGAAGAAACAGGGAAACGGACAACUCUCUGUUCAGCUUUCUCACUCUUUCCACCGACUCAACACCACAGGCGUUCCUGGUGACAGCAGUGCUGAGGUGAAGUGGACCCAGGACGAGUUUGGACUGUCUGUCCUCGUAGUGCUGCAGGCUGGAGCUGAGCAUGUCAGAGCUGAGUUCCUCAGAGACAGAACAGACCAGAGGUGGAGCUACUUCUCCAGGUUCCAACAUCAAGUCAGAGCCCUGCAAACCAGAGGCCUGCCAGGCUCAUUCCAAGCCAGAGCACAGCACCAGUUAGAAACAGGAGGAUUUGACAUAAGUCUGGUUCUUAGCGUGGAAGACGAGAGAACGGCAGAGAUGUUUUUUAGUGUGGGGUCAAAAAAUGAGACGUCUGCUUUGGUCUUGAUGCUGUGGCAACACAUGAAGCUACUCCAGGGUCACAUCCCCAAUUCUUUACAGAUGAACUGCACACGAGUCUCCACUGAAGACCGACUCUCAGCCCACUGCUUUGGAAAUCUGGCAAACCGGCCCGUGGAGACUCUCAUUGGUCCACAGGCCUCAGCCAACUUCUCCAUCUCCCAUUCAGGAUGUGACACAAACCUCAGAGCAGUUCUCCAUGCUGCAGGGGAGCAGAAAGGUUCUGUCAGGCUGUCUGUAACCUGCAAUCCUCAUCGCAGUCUGCGUGCAUCUCUUCUGCACUUCAUCAGUGCGGUAAAAAGGCUCAGGUUUCCCACCGGUGCAGCGCGACCUCUGAAUGUGUCAGGUGGACGUCUGCCUCAGGUGGAUGCUAGCCUGGAGCUGGGACGGUGCUUCCUCAGGGGGAGCGUGGGUGACUCCACCGCUCCGCAGGCAGCAGCAGACGGCCCCCAGUCGCUCACUGUGAAUGUGAGAAGCCACUGUCCUCUGCUUCAGGGGUGGGUCCUCCCUCAGGCUCUGGCCCUUCGGGGCCUCUUGUCGGUGGCCCCCUGCCAGCUGUCCGUGUCGUCCUCUCUAAGCGUGGACGAUGAGGAUGCGUCUUUAGAGCUAAGUUGGUCCUGUGUGACUCAGUAUUUCUUCGUGAGCGUCAAUCAGUCAUUCUCUGGGCUAAAGAGCCGAGGUCUGCCACAGACGAUCACCGUGAAGGCUUCGGCUCUGGAGGGUUCGGACCAGGGUGGAGCCGUGACUGUUGAGGUUGGGACAUGUAGGAUUAGAGCCAGGAGAAUCGCUCAGGACAGAGGAACGGGACGCCGGCUUUGGGCCUGGGAGACAGACUGCCCUGGGCUACAGGUUCGUGUGAACAGCUCAGUGUGGGAGCACCCUGGGGGUGUGUGGACGGCUGUGAUGGAGACUGAUCUGAAGGGCAGGAGAGCGUUCCUCAGGCUGGAUGCUGAACCCGGGCCGGAGCUGAGAGUUGAGGGCGUGUUGGACCAUGACAGUUCCCCCCUCACCACUCUGCCUGACAGCAGUACACUGAGAUUCAGCAGCUCUGGAUUACAUGCUGCAGAAGUUCUUGUUCAGACAGAGGAAUGCCGCCUCAGAGCUGGAGGAGACAUAAUGUCACAUCCUGGCCUGCAGGUGUCACUGCUAUACCACAAUAACUGCUCUAUAAUUCAAGAGUGGUUCAGUCCAAACGUCAUGCAGGCUUCAGGCUCUCUGCUGAUCUCACCAGCUUCUGUUUCCUCCCACAUCUUCAUGGUGGUAGAUGGCAAAGAGUUGCACACUGUGCUGUCUGCAGGACAAACUGAGGUUCACAGGGAAGCAUUUCUACAUCUGAACCAUUCCGUCCCCCUGCUGAAGAAACUGGGCCUGCCCGUGAAUGUGUCCCUGGCAGUAAACUGUGAGAGUCACAACAAUGGUUCUCGCUCUUUUACGGCCAACGGCAGAGCUGAAAAUCAGCGGUUUUCUCAAGAGCUGAAAAUGGAAAAGACACCCGAGACUGUGAGGGUGCAGAGUGAGCUAAAACAUGCAGUGAAUUAUCUGGACAAGCUGGGAGUCCCUGGAAGCAACAGCGUCCAGGUAGAACUUGGUUCUGCUGAAGGACGGAUCCUAAGCCUGGAGUCUCAGUGUGGAGCUCAACAGUCAGGACUCAGACUGCAGCUGAAGACGUUUCCUGAACUCAAAGAAGUGAGGGGAACCCUGUGGCACGGAUCGUCAUGGCUUCACCACCGAGGCCUGCCCCUGAGAAUAUCAGGCCUUUGCUCCAUAAAGGGAGCGUUGUCUGAGCUCCGGUCCAGGGCUGAGCUCAGUGUGGACGGACGCAAGCUGCUCACGUCCGGGCUGAAUGUCAGCAGAGCUGCCGGUCGCCUUGCUGGGCUCCUCUCAUUCUCUCCUGCUGCUCUCAAUCAGACACGGACACAACACAAGCUGGACACUGUCCUGACUGUGCAGUUCAAAGGUCCUUUAAGAAGUGCGUCAUUAGACGUUCACCGCCAGGACUGGAUAUUCCGGGUGGCGGGGGAGGCCGGGGACUGGGGGACGCGUGGCGGUACCAAGGAGGCCCGGUUCACACUGAGGCGCACCGAGCGAGGAGAAGCUAGCCCUGCCUUCCAGGUGGAGGGCUGGGGGAGACUGACGGAGUCCCUGCUGAGGGCCUCCAUGGCCGUCAACCCUGAGCUCAGCUCUUCAUUCGCACUCAUUGUCCAAGGACACACCUCCACUCCCAGCAAGGAACUGAUGGUGAAUGUGGUCCACAGCGCCCCCCAGCUGCUGCCAUACCUGCCCCCCCAGCUCCACCUCCGUUCUCAGUUGAACCAGUCCCAGUCCAACAUGGCAGCGCUGGUGGAGGUGUUGUCAGGAAGGAGGAAGCUGUGGGCUCUGGGGGAGCUGGCAGCCAUGGAGGCCGGCUACAGGCAGACUGUGGAGGUCAGGCACUCCUUCCCACAGCUGCAGCCUGUGCCCAGGCUUGUCGCCGUUAGUACGACGUAUGAGGCCAGAAGGUGGCGCCACCUGAUCCAGCAGGCCACCAUGUGGGGCAGCCACCAGUUCAGCUUGUCUGCUCUGCACUCGGCUGCUCCAGGUCUGGACUUGGAGCUGGGCAACCGCUCUCUGAAGGUCCAGGUCAGCGGCCUCCCCCGUUUGAGCAGUGUGGAGUUGGUGCAUGAGAGCUCCUCCCACAGCCGCCUGGACAGCGUUUUACUGGGCUGGAAGAGGCAGGGACAUCUGGAACAGGUGCGUGUUCUCAGGUCGUGGAAUCUCACCGAGGAGACAAACGAGACGAAGCUGGAGCUGAAGCAUCCCUUCUGCUCGGCGCUGAGCCAGCUGUCUCUGCACACUCUGUCACUCCGCUCACCCAGGAAGAGCAGCAGCAGGCUGCAGACCCAUUUGUCCUGGGACGGUGCCGUUCCAGUCAACAUUUCUCUCACCCUGAACAAACUCAGCUCCAGCGUGGGCCGGGCGUGCGUUCGGCUUUCAGCCAGGCAGAUGGCCGUGUCUUCUGGAAAGGGCUGCGUAUCGAUGGGUUACCGCGGAAACCUGUAUUCACAGACUGCAGAGCUGACGUGGCACAACAAGAGUUUCAGGCAGGGCAUGACGUACCAGAAAAGUCUUGAGGGAUUGCACGGCCUCCAGCUGUACGUGGAUCUAGACCGAGUGUCCCCUGCACCCUGUCACUCACACAUGCUACUGGCCAAAGUCCAGACCAACCUCAGGGACCUCCUGGAGCACAGAGUGGAGCUGGGAGUUUGUCCCGAGCAGCCUACUCUCUGGUGGUCCGGGUCCCACAGAGUGAACUCAGGAGAGGAGCUGUUCUACAGUCAGUGUAACGUUUCGGUGACGGGUCAGCCGCUGCGGUCCCGCUUCACGCUCGCCCUCACCAACUCCUCCACUGCCCAGGGGAGCAACAUCUCUCUCUAUACUGAGUCAGUGGUGGGUAACUGGAGCUUGUUGCUAGGUAGCAGUGGCCUGUCGGGGCCCCACGGGGCCAGCCUCCAGGUUCACGCCACGCUGGGCCGCAGACACCAGGUCUGGGUCAACGGGACGCUGGGGGGCCGCUGCCUCCGGACCGCUGCGGGCUACAUGAACGGUCCAGGCCUCUGUGAGGACAUCAGUGCAGCAGUGUGUGCAGGAAUGAACCACAGCUUUAAGGCCGAGGUGCAGAGAAGAGAACGCUGCAGAGAGACUGAGACUCUGGGAAGCUGGUCAUUACAAACAGCCAAUCAGAGGCUGAUGAUGUCAGCCAGUGGCUGCUUGGAGAGAUUAACCGCAGUAGAGGAGCGAUUUCACUUCCUGAGUUCUGAGAUCCAGAAGGAACUCCUGGAGAGGAGGAAGGAAUUACAGCAUCUUCUUACAGAAACCACUGAACAGCCUGCAGACACGCGGCUGCUGCAGGACUGGAUCUCCGUCCCUCUCCUCGUCUCCCAGCAUGCCGAGGGCCUGCUGGGCCGGGGCUCCACAGGGCUGCUGUCCCUGUGGCUCAGCAGCUCCCUGCGCCGCGCGCUGACCAGCAGCGUGCCUGACCUGCUGCGUCGGCUCCAGCAGGCCUCACUGCAGGGGCAGCAGGAGCUGCGGAGGCCUCUGGCGACCCUGGCUGGAGUGUACCAGGACGUGAAGGGCCAGAGGCUGGAGGCAGCAUGGAGGGAGGCCGUUGGGAUGUUGACCGGCAGGCUGCUGGACGUCCUUCCUGCCGAGCUGGAGAACCCUCACCUCAGAGCCCUGGCAGCAGCAGGAGCCUCCGCCCUCACAGCUGCUCUGGACGUGGCGGGCCAGCAGAGCUCCCACUGGGCCGAGGCCAGGCUGGCCACGGCUCUGUCUGGACUCAGGAAACGGCUGGCUUCUCUCUACACAUUCAGCCGCAGAGACUGUGUAGUCGCCUUGUCGGUGCCGCUGCCGAGUCUUGACCUGUCGAGGGCCGCAGAGGGUGAGCUGUUGGAAACCGUGCUGGAGGAGUGGCUCCUGGGGCCCCUGAGGGCCCUCGUCUCCAUCAGACCUGCAGCUGAGCUUUAUCGCUUCAAGAGGAGAAUCAUGGACAGCCCGUUCAGACACCAAGCGCUGCUGGUGGCUGAUCAGUUUGUGGUGACGUUUGACGGGCGUCUGUAUGAACUUCCUGUUUCCUGUCCGCUGCUCCUCGCCCAGGACGUCCGCAGCCAGCCGUCCUUCACGCUGCUGCUGGGCGCCGACACUCAGAACUCCCUGCUGAUACUCAUGGACAACAGCAGAGUCCACAUUCCGCUCACCGGCCAGGCGAAAGCUGACUGUAGGAACGCCGUCCCUCAUGGGCCCCUCAGCAGCCGUGGACUGAGUGUGACCAAAAGCUCCAACAAAGUACAGGUGUCCAAUCAGGAGGGACAGUCGGUGUCAUGUGACCUGCAGCUGGAGUUGUGCAGCUUCACCCUGGAUGGAUGGUUACAUGGCGCGUCCGCUGGCCUGCUGGGGACCAACGAUAACGACGCAGCCAACGAUUUGUCUCUGCGUGACGGAUCCCAGGCGAAGACGCCGGAGGAGUUUUUCCACAGCUGGGAGCUGGAGCCAAAGUGCAAUAAAUCCGCAGACGUUUCCACAGCAGCGGGGAGCCCGGCGAGCUGCGCUUCCUUCUUCUCUUCCCCAGAUUCGCCUCUCAGUUCCUGCUUCAGGGUGGUGGAUCCAGCCCAGUUCCUGUCCGUGUGUGGGCGGAGCUCCUCCAAAGCGCCCUGCAGGUUAGCGGCGGCGUUUGUUCACCUCUGCCAGCAGAAUUACGUUCCAGUGGAGAUCCCCGGCCAGUGUGUGAAGGUCUGAGGGACAAACAAACUGAAGACUUGACCCCUGCUAGCUUCUGUUCAGAAUGAAUACAUUUACACGCCGCUGUCUUUACUAUGUGUUCAUUUCAAUAACAUAUUUUAAAGUGUUGUUAUAUUUGAUAAUGUACUUUGAGAAAGAUUCUUGAAUAUUUUUUAACAACUUCAAAUAAAAUCCUUCUUGUCUUUUGUGAAUCGGUAUGGUUUGGUUCAUUGUGAUGCAGUAAAUAAGUUGCAUAAAGAAAACUGGAAGGCGGGUUAAUCAAACCCAGUGAUACAAGGACAAUAAACCAGGUACUGAUCAUUUUGACAUUGUGGGCAGAGGGAUCUAUUACUUGUUUCAAUAUUUCCUGGUUGCAGUGAAGGUCAGGAGGACAGUCUUAUUACUAUUUAAUUAGCAUGCUAACAUGCUACAACACAAGGGAUAGUUCUUUUUUGCAUUUGCAUUUCUGCCCGGAGCCGUUGGGAUCGUUCUGCUUUGGAUGAAUUGAACAAAAAAAGUGGCUUUAGCAUUUAACUUGUGGAAUAACUGUCCAGGUUCUUCUUGUCAUGUUGAAGUUUCUAUUGAAACGCAUAAAAACACCGAGCCAACAGGUGAGCUUAGGGAAGGAAUGAUUCAUUGCGACAUCAGAAUUAUUGUGAAGUCUGAGGAAAGUCAGUCUUCUGAUUUAGAAGAGUUUCAUAAUCCUCAUCUGUGUUUCAUAAAUGCAGCUGCAAGACUGGCUGAAUUUGAUGUUAAAGUUCAUCCUAAAUCAUCCCAGAAAACCAGUUGCUAAGAGUUUUGUGAAAUAAAUUGUUG